AUGUCUGCACCACAGUCCGACGCCUUCAAGAAGGCUGUUGUCGAUUCGAAGAAGCUGCUCAAGAAGCCUUCGAACGAGGAGCUGCUCGAACUCUAUGGUCUCUUCAAAGUCGGCACUGGCGAGGACAUCUCUGGGGCCCCAGCUCCUGGCAUGUUUGACCUCAAGGGCAAGUCCAAGAAGGCCGCCUGGCAAAAAGUCGUCGACGAGGGUGUCACUCCCGAGCAAGCUCAAGAGAAGUACGUUGCGCUCGUCGAGAAGCUGAAGGCCGCCUAUGGCUAUGACGAAAACAAGGAGCCUGAGGCCGUUGGCGCUUAG